AUGACUGUCUUAACAUGGCAAGGAAAAGUCGCCACCAAACAGGCUGAGGCCUGGGCCAAAAUCCCCUCUGAAUGGCGUCUCUCCACAGAUAUCCUCCAACAGGUGGAAAAUGGCAAGCUCGAUGUUCUCGACGUUCCUGCACAGUGUGGCAUUCUCAGCGACCAGGAGCUCAAGAUUACCGAGAUCCCUGAUGCGACGGCUCUCAAAGACAAGCUUGCCGCUGGAGAACUCAGUGCUGUCGAGGUGACCACGGCGUUCUGCAAGCGCGCUGCUAUCGCGCAGCAGGUGACGUCCUGCCUGACGGAGACUAUGUUUCAACAGGCGCUUAUCAGAGCGCAAGAGUUGGAUGCGCAUCUCCAGACCACGGGGAAGCCAAUUGGCCCGCUGCAUGGCGUCCCGAUCAGUUUGAAGGAGACCUUCAACAUUGAGGGCGUCCCAACUUCCCUGGGGUACGUGUCCUUCUUGGAUCGUCCCCCGGUCAGCCAGAGUUCAGCCUUGGUAGAGAUCCUCUUGAAGGCCGGAGCUGUGUUGUACGUAAAGACCAAUGUUCCGCAGACCAUGAUGACCGCCGACUCGCACAACAACGUUUUCGGCCGUGUAUUGAACCCGAACCGCCGCAACCUGACGGCCGGUGGCAGCAGUGGAGGCGAAGGCGCUCUCGUGGCCAUGCGCGGAUCUCUCCUAGGCAUCGGCACAGAUAUUGCCGGGUCAAUCCGAAUUCCAGCUUUGUGCUGCGGCACCGUGGGCUUCAAGCCGAGUGCUGGCCGAGUGCCAUAUGGUGGGCAGACAAGUGCCGGUCGCCCAGGCAUGACAGGCAUCCUCCCAGUUGCCGGACCACUGUGCCACUCAGUGCGGGAUGCGGAGAUGCUCCUGCGAGUCGUUUUUGACGCUCCGGCUGAUGACAAGGAUGAUAUGGCACUUGGGUUUCCCUGGAUUGAGCCGAACAAACAGGCCGCGAAGAAACUCAGAAUCGGAAUCUUGCCCGAGGAUGCCCGAGUACCAUUGCACCCAAGCAUGCAGCGAAGCUUGAGCAAAGCCGUGGAAAAGCUCACCGGGGCCGGUCAUCAACUCGUCGAUCUCUCGGAACAAAUCAAAUUCAUAGCUGAUGCAGCGGAUGUCUCAUUCCGCUUCUUCCGCAUCGAUCCUGACCAGACACAGGUGCAACACAUCCGAAAUGCAGACGAGCCAUUCAUCCCAUCGCUUCGAUUCACAUACGAUCUAGAUGCCAAGGGUCCCGAGCCGACUCUUCGCGACUUGUUUGACUUGAAUGUUGCGAAGGCAGAAUUUGCGGCCAAAAUGCGCCUCGUCUUCCUCGAAAAUGACCUCGAUGUUAUCAUUGGGCCCGGGUACCAAGCAACUGCUGUGCCUCACGAUACAUUCGGAGUGCCUAAUUAUACAGUGCUUGCAAAUCUGGUUGAUUAUCCCGCAUGUGUGAUUCCCUUUGGCCGGUCAUGCAAGACCGAUGACGCCGAGUUCGUGCGAAACGUGAAUUAUAUUCCGCCCUAUCUUCCUGAAGAAGUCGAGGGUGCUCCAUGCCACGUGCAACUGAUUGGCCGUCGGCAGAAGGAUGAAGCCUUGGUGCAACACGCGCGGAUCGUGGAGGAUGUCUUGCUCAAGUGA